UUUUAUACAUUUUCGAAUUAAAGUAAAUCAAAAAGAAAAUUUUUUUUUAUUGUUGUGUACGUGUUUAUAAAAGAAAGAGUUUAAAGAUUUCAAGUGUUUCAUAAAGUUUGCCUGAAAAAGUUUCAAAAAAAAAAAAAAAAAGAUAAAGUUAUAUAAUUUUUAUAUCCUAUAAAGUCCUAACUAAUUAAGUAACAAUCUCAGAGAAAUUAUUUUAUAAAAAAAUGGCCGAAGAAUUAGACCGCAACGAUCCCGAUUUAAAAUAUUUAUCGGUGGAACGUAAUCAAUUCAAUGAUCCGGCUACUCAAGCUGAAUGGACUCAGAAACGUUUAGUUUGGGUGCCACAUGAAAAUCAGGGUUUCGUUGCUGCCAGUAUUAAGCGUGAACAUGGCGAUGAAGUUGAAGUUGAACUUACCGAAACCGGUAAGCGUGUUAUGGUGUUACGUGACGACAUACAAAAAAUGAAUCCACCGAAGUUCGAUAAAGUUGAAGAUAUGGCCGAAUUGACCUGCCUCAAUGAGGCGUCCGUCUUGCACAACAUCAAAGACAGAUACUAUUCUGGUUUAAUUUACACAUAUUCUGGCCUCUUCUGCGUUGUUGUAAAUCCCUAUAAAAAGCUACCAAUUUAUACGGAAAAGAUUAUGGAACGAUACAAGGGUAUAAAAAGACACGAAGUGCCUCCUCAUGUAUUUGCUAUAACAGAUACCGCCUAUAGAUCUAUGUUGCAAGAUCGUGAAGAUCAAUCGAUUUUAUGUACUGGUGAAUCGGGUGCUGGUAAAACGGAAAAUACCAAGAAAGUCAUACAGUAUUUAGCGUAUGUGGCUGCCUCGAAACCGAAAGGUUCUGGAGCGGGACCACAUCCGGCCUUAAUUAUUGGCGAGUUAGAGCAACAAUUAUUGCAAGCCAAUCCCAUAUUGGAAGCCUUUGGUAACGCCAAAACUGUGAAAAAUGAUAACUCAUCACGUUUUGGCAAAUUUAUACGCAUUAAUUUCGACGCUUCGGGUUACAUAUCGGGUGCCAAUAUUGAAACGUAUUUAUUGGAAAAAUCACGUGCCAUUCGUCAAGCUAAGGACGAACGAACAUUCCAUAUAUUCUAUCAGUUGCUUGCCGGUGCAUCAUCGGAGCAACGUGAGAAAUUUAUUUUAGAUGAUAUUAAAUCAUAUCCAUUCCUAUCCAAUGGCACUUUGCCAGUACCCGGUGUUGAUGAUGUUGCCGAAUUUCAGGCCACUGUCAAAUCUAUGAACAUUAUGGGCAUGACUGCUGAAGAUUUUAAUUCAAUUUUUCGUAUUGUAAGUGCGGUGCUGCUGUUUGGUUGUAUGAAAUUCCGUCAAGAACGUAAUAGUGAUCAAGCCACUUUACCUGAUAACACUGUGGCUCAGAAGGUGGCCCAUCUAUUAGGAUUAGGUGUUACAGAUAUGACACGAGCAUUUUUAACGCCGCGCAUUAAAGUUGGUCGAGAUUUUGUUACCAAGGCUCAGACGAAAGAACAAGUCGAAUUUGCUGUUGAGGCAAUAGCUAAAGCAUGCUAUGAACGCAUGUUCAAAUGGUUGGUGAAUCGUAUUAACCGAUCACUGGAUCGUACAAAACGUCAGGGCGCUUCUUUUAUCGGUAUUCUGGAUAUGGCUGGUUUUGAAAUUUUCGAACUGAAUUCAUUCGAACAACUUUGUAUUAAUUACACCAAUGAGAAAUUGCAACAACUUUUCAAUCAUACUAUGUUCAUACUCGAACAGGAGGAGUAUCAACGUGAGGGCAUUGAAUGGAAAUUUAUCGAUUUUGGCCUAGAUCUGCAGCCUACUAUAGAUUUAAUAGAUAAACCGGGUGGCAUUAUGGCUUUACUGGACGAAGAUUGUUGGUUUCCCAAAGCCACUGAUAAAUCCUUUGUACAAAAGCUUGCUACCGCACAUUCUAUGCAUCCGAAAUUCGUGAAAACCGACUUCCGCGGAGUAGCCGACUUUGCGAUUGUUCAUUACGCCGGUAAAGUUGAUUAUUCAGCUGCUAAAUGGUUAAUGAAGAAUAUGGAUCCUCUGAAUGAAAAUAUUGUUUCGCUUUUGCAAAAUUCUCAAGAUCCGUUUGUUGUGAACAUUUGGAAAGAUGCCGAAAUUGUGGGCAUGGCUCAUCAAGCUUUAACAGAUACGCAAUUCGGAGCUCGAACUCGUAAGGGUAUGUUCCGUACAGUAUCGCAUCUGUAUAAAGAGCAAUUGGCGAAGCUAAUGGAUACGCUACGUAAUACGAAUCCGAAUUUUGUACGUUGCAUUAUACCUAAUCAUGAAAAACGAGCCGGUAAAAUCGAUGCUCCUUUGGUGCUGGAUCAGUUGCGUUGUAAUGGUGUGCUCGAAGGUAUACGCAUUUGUCGUCAGGGCUUCCCUAAUCGUAUACCAUUCCAAGAGUUCCGUCAACGUUACGAACUUUUGACUCCCAAUGUUAUACCCAAAGGCUUUAUGGAUGGCAAAAAGGCUUGCGAGAAAAUGAUUCAAGCUUUGGAACUCGAUUCGAAUCUGUUUCGGGUCGGUCAGUCGAAGAUCUUCUUCCGCGCCGGUGUUUUAGCUCACUUGGAAGAGGAACGCGAUUACAAAAUCACCGAUUUGAUAGUGAACUUCCAAGCGUUCUGUCGUGGUUUUUUGGCUCGUCGCAAUUAUCAAAAGCGCCUGCAACAAUUGAAUGCUAUACGCAUAAUUCAACGCAAUUGCGCGGCUUAUCUUAAACUGCGCAAUUGGCAAUGGUGGCGUUUAUAUACGAAGGUGAAACCUUUGCUGGAAGUAACCAAGCAAGAGGAGAAACUGGUGCAAAAAGAAGACGAAUUAAAGCAAGUACGCGAAAAGCUAGAGACAUUGGCCAAAAGUACUCAAGAAUACGAGCGUAAAUACCAGCAGGCGUUGGAGGAGAAGACCUCACUGGCCGAACAAUUGCAAGCCGAGAUAGAGCUUUGCGCCGAAGCGGAGGAAUCGCGUUCCCGUUUGAUGGCUCGCAAACAAGAAUUGGAAGAUAUGAUGCAAGAAUUGGAGACUCGGAUUGAAGAGGAGGAAGAGCGCGUUCUAGCUUUGGGUAUGGAAAAGAAGAAGCUUGAAUUGCAUAUACAAGAUUUGGAGGAACAGUUGGAAGAGGAGGAGGAAGCGCGUCAAAAAUUGCAUUUGGAAAAAGUGCAACUUGACGCUAAAAUUAAGAAGCAUGAAGAGGAUUUGGCCUUAACGGAAGAUCAUAAUCAAAAGUUACUAAAGGAGAAAAAAAUAUUAGAGGAACGUGCUAAUGAUCUUUCACAAACUUUAGCCGAGGAGGAAGAGAAGGCUAAGCAUUUGGCAAAGUUAAAAACGAAACAUGAGGCUACCAUAGCCGAAUUGGAAGAACGUCUGCAUAAAGAUCAACAACAGAGACAAGAAUCGGAUCGCACUAAGAGAAAAAUCGAAACUGAAAUGGCUGAUCUUAAAGAGCAAUUGAAUGAGCGCCGAAUACAAGUGGAAGAAAUGCAGCAACAUUUGUCGAAACGUGAAGACGAACUAUCCCAAAUGUUGAUGCGCAUCGACGAGGAGUCAGCAUCCAAGGCUGCUGCUCAGAAGGUUCAAAGGGAGCUUGAAUCUCAGUUAGCGGAAUUACAAGAAGAUCUGGAAGCGGAAAAAGCUGCGCGGGCAAAGGCCGAGAAAGUACGUCGAGAUUUAAGUGAAGAACUGGAAGCUCUAAAGAAUGAACUUUUAGACUCCCUGGAUACUACAGCUGCUCAGCAAGAACUACGCUCGAAACGGGAACAAGAAUUGGCCACUUUAAAGAAAUCCUUAGAGGAGGAAACGGUCAAUCAUGAGGGCUUAAUAGCGGAAAUGCGUCAUAAACAUACUCAAGAAUUGAAUGGCAUUAACGAACAAAUCGAGAAUUUACGUAAAGCGAAAUCUGUGUUAGAAAAGGCAAAGGCUACGUUAGAAGCGGAAAACGCUGAUCUGGCAACUGAACUACGUACCGUAAAUAGUUCGCGGCAAGAAAACGAUCGUCGACGUAAACAAGCUGAAUCUCAGAUAGCCGAGUUACAGGUGAAAUUGGCUGAAGUGGAACGUGCGCGUUCAGAAUUGCAAGAGAAAUGUGCUAAAUUGCAACAAGAAGCCGAGUAUAUAACAAGCCAACUAGAGGAAGCCGAACUAAAGGCAUCAGCAGCCGUCAAAUCAGCCAGUAAUAUGGAAUCCCAAUUGACAGAGACGCAACAACUGUUAGAAGAAGAGACGCGUCAGAAGUUAUCGCUGAGUUCGAAAUUACGACAACUGGAAUCGGAAAAGGAAGUGCUUCAAGAACAACUAGAAGAAGAUGAAGAGGCCAAAAAGAACUAUGAACGUAAAUUGGCCGAAUUGACAGCUGCUAUGCAGGAUAUUAAGAAAAAGGCUGAAGAAGAUAGUGAUUUAGCGAAAGAACUCGAAGAGAGUAAAAAACGCUUGAACAAGGAAAUUGAGGCGUUAGAAAGGCAGGUGAAAGAGCUAACGGGCCAUAACGAUCGCCUGGAUAAGAGUAAAAAGAAAAUCCAAUCCGAGCUGGAGGAUACGACAAUUGAAUUAGAAGCACAACGUACAAAGGUGCUCGAGCUGGAGAAGAAGCAAAAGAAUUUUGAUAAAAUUUUAGCCGAAGACAAGGCCAUCUCAGAGCAAUACGCCCAAGAAAGAGAUACAGCUGAGCGUGAGGCACGCGAAAAAGAGACUAAGGUGCUGUCGUUAACCCGCGAAUUAGACGAAGCUUAUGAUAAAAUUGAGGAUAUGGAAAAUAAACGCAAAGCUUUGCAAAACGAACUUGAUGAUUUGGUCAACACUCAGGGUACUGCCGAUAAAAAUGUGCACGAAUUAGAGAAGGCAAAACGUGCCUUGGAAUCCCAAUUGGCCGAAUUGAAAGCACAAAACGAAGAACUAGAAGACGAUCUGCAACUUACCGAAGAUGCUAAACUGCGAUUAGAGGUCAAUAUGCAGGCUUUGCGUUCUCAAUUUGAACGCGAUUUACAAGCGAAGGAAGAGCAAGCCGAAGAGAAGCGUCGAGGUUUAGUGAAACAGUUACGCGAUUUCGAAGCUGAACUGGACGAGGAACGUAAGCAACGUACGGCGGCGGUAGCUGCUAAAAAGAAACUUGAAGGUGAUCUUAAGGAAAUGGAAACGACAAUGGAAAUGCACAAUAAAGUUAAAGAAGAUGCUCUCAAACACGCUAAGAGACUGCAAGCUCAGGUUAAAGAUGCCUUGCGUGAUGCGGAGGAAGCUAAGGCAGCUAAGGAAGAGUUACAAGCGGCCAGUAAAGAAGCCGAAAGAAAAGUGAAAGCUUUGGAAGCUGAGGUAUUACAACUAUCCGAAGACUUGUCUAGUGCGGAACGAGCGCGCCGCGCUGCCGAAACGGAACGAGACGAAUUGGCGGAAGAAAUAACUGCAAACGCUAGCAAAGGUACUUUAAUGAUCGAUGAGAAACGUCGUCUUGAGGCGAGAAUAGCUGUCCUGGAGGAGGACCUAGAAGAGGAGCAAACGAAUUCUGAAAUGCUUCUCGAUCGUGCUCGCAAAGCGCAAUUGCUGAACGAGCAACUCUCUACUGAAUUGGCCACUGAAAAGUCAAAUGCUCAAAAGAAUGAGAAUGCCAAGACGUUGCUGGAACGCCAGAACAAAGAACUAAAAGCUAAGCUUGCUGAGAUCGAGACCGCGCAACGUACUAAAAUUAAGGCCACUAUUGCCACGCUUGAAGCCAAGAUUUCCAAUUUGGAAGAACAGCUUGAUAGUGAGACUAAGGAGCGACUGCUGCAACAGAAGGCUAAUCGCAAAAUGGAGAAAAAAAUCAAAGAAUUGGGUCUGAAUAUAGAAGACGAACGAAGACAUGCUGACUCAUUUAAAGAGCAAAUCGAUAAACUUAAUGGCCGUUAUAAAGUGUUGAAACGCAACCUUGAUGAAACUGAGGAAGAGCUGCAAAAGGAGAAAACUCAGAAACGUAAAUAUCAACGUGAAUGUGAAGACAUGCUUGAAAGUCAAGAGACCAUGAAUCGUGAGAUUAACUCGCUGAAAACAAAAUUAAGGCGUGCCGGCGGCGGCAUGGGUUUAAGCUCUAGUCGCAUAACGGGUACACCGUCCUCAAAACGUGGCGAUGAUAGCUCUUCGGUGCAAGACGAAUCGUUAGAUGGAGAAGAUUCUGGAAAUUGACGUGUUUAUUUGUAGAAAAAAAAAAAAAAAAAAAAAAAAAAAAAAAACAAAUU